AUGACCAUAUCUUUUGAAGUAUGCUGCCCAAGCAGUACUACUACGGACCAUCCCUGCAAAUCUUGCGGCCCAGAAGCUUCCAUUGACAUCGAAAAAAAAUAUGAAUUGGAACGCCAGACCCAGCUAAAAUCUCAUGGUCUGGUCUCUGACAUUGAAAUUGACCUCAACGAGAGGUUCGACACUUUUGCACGAGACCCCUGGAUCUAUCCAACGGUAGAAAGCGAAAAUGAGCAAGCAGGAUUCAUUCAACAAUCCAACCACAAGGUUCUCAUUGUCGGCGCGGGGCAUGGUGGUCUUCUUUUUGCAGUGCGCCUGAUUCAAGCAGGUGCUUUUUGUGCGAACGACAUACUCCUUGUGGAUAAGGCCGCUGGUUUUGGGGGCACCUGGUACUGGAACCGGUAUCCAGGAAUCAUGUGCGACACUGAAAGCUACAUCUACAUGCCGCUUUUAGAAGAGACAGGAUACAUGCCUCGCGACAAAUAUGCAUCUGGGGCAGAGAUAAGGGCUCAUGCCGAGCGCAUCGCCCGCAAGUGGGGCCUUGUCGAGCGCACCAUGUUUCGCACAGCUGUUCAAGAACUGCAUUGGGAUGAAGACAAAAGCCUUUGGAAUGUGUCCGCAAUGAAAGCUCAUGGGGCAACAGACGAGCAUAAGACAACUGUUCAGCUCACUGCGGACUUCGCCAUCAUCGCCCAAGGUGUGUUCUCCAGUCCAAGAAUGCCCGCAUUUCCGAAGACCGAGGAAUACAAUGGCAAACUUUUCCAUACCGCACGGUGGGACUAUGCUUUUACUGGAGGGACACCAGAGGAUCCAGAAAUGACCAGGCUAAGAGAUAAGAAGGUUGCCAUUGUUGGAACUGGCGCCAGUGCGGUACAAAUAGUUCCCCAUCUCGCGCGCCAUUGCAAGGAACUUCUCGUGUUCCAGCGCACGCCCUCAUCUGUGGACAAACGUAAUAACCAUCCCACGGACCCGGAGUGGUGGAAAAGGGAAAUCCAGUCUGAAACCAAGGCAUGGCAACGAAGAAGGAUGGAGAACUUCAAUGCCUUCACUUGUAAUCAGCAACCACCUCCAAAGAUCAAUAUGGUAGCUGAUGGGUGGACAGAGAUACCCUCUUUCAGUGUGCUUAUAGGGGCACAGCAGGCCUCCGAUCCGGAGUAUCUCAGCCAGAUGCAGGAGGUUGAUCGAGCACGGCAGCAAAAGAUACGGGCUCGUGUCCACGAUAUCGUUCAAGCCUCCGAACCUGCCAGUGCUCUGGCUCCCUGGUAUCCAGGAUGGUGUAAGCGACCGUGUUUCCAUGAUGAAUACCUGCCCUCAUUCAACCGGCCGAACGUUAAGCUGGUUGACGUUCGAGAUCAUGGGAUCAGUCACUUUACACCCAAAGGGGUUGUGGCUGACAGCACCGAAUAUGAACUGGACGCUGUCAUAUUCAGCACGGGGUUCACUGUGGCGGCCACAAGCAGCCCUGGGUCGCGGGCUAAUAUUUCGGUUACAGGCCGCCACGGCUUAAAAAUGGAUGACAAGUGGGGUAACGGUCUCGCAACUUUGCAUGGAGUAAUGACUCGGGAUAUGCCUAACCUCUUCUUCCCUGGUACGUCUCAGGCCGGGGGAUGCGCCAACAUGACAUAUAGCUUGGACCAGAGCGCGACUCAUGUUGCCUACAUUCUUUCGAAGGCAAAAGAGAGCGCAAGCAAAAAGUAUCCUGUAAUGUCGAAGGUGAUUAUAGAGCCAACUGCGGAAGCGGAAGAGGACUGGGCCAUGCAGGUUGUCUCGCGUGCGGCGGCUCUCCGAGGUAUCGCUGGUUGUACUCCAGGAUAUCUCAACGGCCAUGGGAUGUUUGGUCAGCCAAGCAGCGCGGAAGACAUGAUGAAAUUAGCACGCCUGGCAAUCUGGGGAGAGGGUAUAGCAAGUUACGUGGAACAAAUUGAAGCAUGGAGGGAAGAGGGAAAACUCGAUGGACUCCACCUGACAUACUUGGAAUGA